AUGAGACCAAAUAUAGAGCCGAGGAGGAGGGUUGUCGGGUACACGAGGAGCAGGAUCGACUCUGCGUAUGUGGGAAGGUAUGGCGAGACUUUGGAUGUUGCCAUUGGAUAUGACUCGGUCGCUGUGCUUGUUGACGGCAUUGGAGUGUCUGAUGAGCUCGAGCCCACCGGCGUGGAGGCUGCUGUGGAGUUACCACUUGUGCUGGAAGUUGAACGUGAAAGUGUAGAUUUGCCUUGCAGGCGAGUUGACCGCCGAGGUGUUACAUCAGCCAUUGCGAGGGUUACAACAUAUAUAAAAUAG